CGGUCUGCGGCUGUAUUGUUAUAAUGUAAAGGAAUUCCAAUUCUUCUACAAGGAAAUCGACAAACAUUUUUUUUCCAAGUGCUGUUUCUUACGAAGAAUACUGUUUCCAUCCAUUUUGUGGAACAUCCUCUGAAACGACAGUUAAAAGUGAAAAGGCGUUUUAGUGCACUUUUGUUUUAAAUGAAUAUGUUCAUGACGUAUAUUAGCAAUUUUUUAUUUAAAGUUUAAACUGCUUUUAAUAUGUUCGUUUAACUUAAAAACAUGUCACUGACAUUUUUCGUGAAUUAAUCAUUGCAACGGAAAUGUCAAAUAUUCACCAAUCUUUAGCAAAGAAUAAAGUAACGUAGUGAACGAAGGGAGGGCAUGGAGGAAAAACAUUUUUUUUAUAAUAAUUUUCACAAAAAAUAAGAGACAGAAAAAUAGACAAAAUAGUGAUCCUUACGAAGGUUCUUUAUAGUGUUCUAAUGAAUAAAAUUGUUAAAAUCUCAAUUGCCUGAAGAUUGAAAGAUUUAGAAACAUUAGGUAAGAAGUUACGUGAAAAUAGACAAACGAACGGAGAUCAUUGUUUGAAAACUGUUGACAAUAUUCGAAAUGGGUUUCGAUAUACUCGAUAAUUCUCGGGUCGAUUUGUGUCGGGAAUCGAAGGAACAUUUUCAAAUGUUAAUACCGUAAACCUGGGAGAUUCUUUAUGGAAAAUGAGCUAAAAGUUUGCGGUAUGCGGUUUAACGACUGUCUGCAUACCGAAGGGAAUUUCUUCAGAAACGUGCCAAUUGAAAUAUUGGAAGUUCCAGAGGAACAUCCCCGUGAAACCGACGAAGAAAAUUGUACGGAAAAUCCUCGUCGAAGAUUCGAAAUUAGUUCCCCGCGAACUCCGACGUUUACGAGUUUAGCUUUGGACGUUUCGUACGCUGCUCUAGGCGCGUCCAGCCUUCUGGAUGUUGGAUCCUUGAUAAAGACUCCGAAACAAGAUCCGUCAGGAUGUAGGAAUGAUCGUAGUGUCGCGGGGUGGCUGGAUACAAAAUUAACGUCAAACGACGAAAGUACGCCGGAAGAAAGGGUGGAGUCUUUGAAGGAAGUUUUAGCGGAAACUAAUAUUCACGAAGGGGACGGAAUCAUUUCGGAUUUUUUGUUUCAUGUCGCCAGAACGAAACAUGGCAAGAUUUAUAUCAAGAUUAUUAGAACGAUGCUUCUUAAUCGAGUUCUUUGUAGCAACCGGGUGAGCCAAAUGACCAAGACUUAUAAUGAUAUAGAAGCAGUUACAAGGCUUCUAGAGGAGAAAGAGAAAGAUUUAGAACUGACCGCACGCAUCGGUAAGGAACUACUAUCGCACAAUCAAAAACUCGAAGCCACAGUUACCAGUUUAGAGUGCGAGUUAAAGGAGGCUAAUGAAAGGAUCACUCAACUAACGCACGAACUCGCUAAAAAGACAGAAUUGAUUCAAAUUCUCACCAACGAUGCUGAAGAAUCGACCUCUGAAGCCAGCACGCCCACCGGACUUCGUUCCAUCAGCCUUGAUAUGAUGCAGAAAAAGAUCAGCGUCCUCGAAGAUGAAAACAAACAUCUAAGAGUCGAAUUCGCGAAAUUGAUACACGAUGCUGAUUACUCCGAAGAACAAGAAGCAAAACUUGUCAAAGAUAUUGCUGCUCAACUUGCAAACGCAAACAUGGAGGUGGAUGGAAUUGCAGACGAGCUUGAUAGGCAAAAAGAAGAAAAUCGGCUGCAACAUGAACAAGUUAUCAGUUUGACAGCAAAGCUAGCUGAAACGGAGUUGAGAUUGGCUCGGUUGAUGGCCGAACACGAUGAAGUGGGAGCUACUUUGCUCAUCACCCGGGACAAUCAGAACACUCUUGCGAGUGAACUGGCUGAGUUCAAAGAUCGAUACGUAGAGGUGGUGAAUUUGUUAGCGGAAACUCAAGAACAGUUACGGAAACAAAGAAAAAGAGGCAUGCCAACGGUCAGAGGAGGAUCUCUAUUUCCCUCGAUGGGCAUUGCUCCGCAGCCAGAUUCCAUUGCUUCAGAAUUGGAGUCUUCUCUAUAUUCUGAACUCAGUUUAGAUUCUGGUAUCAGCGCAGACAGAAUACCUACUUACAAAAAAGUUUUCGAAACUGUUCGAAGCGCUUCAAGAAGUUCGUAUGGAAUUGAUGGUGGUAAUCAGUUCCCAAGAAUAGGUUCGAUGACUACGUCAACGUUAUCGACUGGUUCUACCGGGCCACGAAUGAGCUGCAGACAAUUUCGACCUAUGACGUCGGUGUUUCCUAGUCUAGAUUCCACCGGACAUAGCGACUCGGAAGGCUCGCUUAUCACAGACUCUGAAGAUUAUCCUGGCCCGCAACAAACGGGAGUACCAGGAGCACCUGGAGCAGCAGACCUCGAAGCAGCUCUUCGCAGAUUAACACCAGCGGAAGUCCUUGCAAGGCGUGCUUGUCUUAGCACCGGUACAGGAUAUAGUUACGAUUACGAUGCUGGAGCUAAUUCACCUUCGAAUUUCGUACCUAUCGGUUGUAGAACACCGGAUAGUAUAAUGUCCACCGGGAGUACUGGGAAUUUAAGUGGUUACAGUGGAAAUGCGUGGAGAAUCCCUGAGAAAUUACAAAUAGUGAAACCUAUCGAAGGAUCCCAGACUCUGCAUCAUUGGACACAAUUAGCCACGCCAACGUUAGGUGGACUUUUGGAAGAACGACCAGGAGUGAAAACACGAGGAGGUCGUGGCUUGGAAGAUUUAGGCCUAGUCACUUUUACUUUAAGCGAUCUUGAAGAAGACGAGGAAUAUACCAAUCCCGGGAAACUCUUUCAAGAUACAGGCUCUAUAUAUACGUUUACAAAUAGCACUGUUUUGCAUCCCGAUGAUCACACGAAUGUAACUUCAAGUAUUGUGGGCAGUAGAGUUGCAACCGCACCUAGUAGUGCUUUAAAUUCCGGGAUGAGUACCCCCAGAACAUUAAGCAGAAGAAAUUCUACUUCAACGUUUUCAACGACACUUGGUCUUGCGAAGAUGCUGAACGAAAGAGGUAUAAAAGCUGUCACGCCUUCUUGCGUGGGAACUCCAAGUGGCGAGAGAAACUUUACACCUACUGCGACACCUUGCAAUAGUCCUGAUGCUAGUCCUCCUGAAAGUCGAUCUAGUUCACCAAUCCCGGAGAGUGGACUUUCUAUGGGAUUACUAUCCAGCGGAGCAGAAUUAUUAAAGAGAACCUUUGGCGGAGAUACAGAAGUGAAAAGAAAGCGGCCCGCACUCUCCAGAUCCGAGAAGAAGGCUCUUACCGGUAUCCGUUUAGUCGAGAAACUCGAAAGGAUUGGUAUCGAUACUAUAAUGGCUACAACGAUAGGUUCGUCGAUGUCUCCGCUGGCAUUUCAAGGUUCUCUGUAUAGCAGACGUCCUACCGAAAGCCCCAUGGCUCAGUUAACUUUCCUGAAAAGCUCCAUGUCGUCCAGUGGAAGUCGUGAUAAACUCUCGCCUUCUUCCAACUCGAGCGAUUCCUCGAAAGUGGUUGGAAAGAGGCAAGACGAAUCCGCGCCGAGCAGGCAAAGGAGAACCGGUGCUAGAGCUACAAGACCUGACCUCGGACAGGUCACAACCGCAAUACCUGUCACGGUAACAAAAGAAUCACCGGCGCAGUCCGCUUUAGGAACUAUUAGUUCGCUUCUGUUUGGGAGGAAAGGUGGAUUACUGUGAAAUUAUUAUUUGUUGCGCGUUAAGUAAAUUAUUCAGGGGACAAGGAUCGAUGAGAUUUACAAAGAAGAUAAUUGGAGAUUGUCGGAACGAUGAGAAAACAAAUUACGUACGUAACAUAUUAAUAUUUUAUGUUCGAAUUGAUAUCUUUUAAUUAUGCAUUUUUUCUGUACUUAAAACGAAUAUAAAUAUACAUAGUUAUCGAGCGACGAAAUUGAAACGGAUAAUCGAGUGGAAAACAUAUAAUUAACUAUUUGCUAUAGUAAUGUUGUAAACAUUGUCCGAAUCGAGACGAUGUUGAAAUAUUUCGUUUGAGAAAUUCAUUAUCAUUAUUUAUUAAAUAAUAGCUCGUGCAUUUUCGUAUAUCGAAGGUAAAAUUCGAUAGCAAUUAGAGCGAGUGUUUUUAAAUAUGUUUUUAAUAUUUUAAUUGAUAGUAUUGUUUUAAAGAUACGGUAUUGUCGUGAUAGAAAUGAAACUCGAUAUUCUUUUGGCGAUGGUUUAUUGGAUCUUUUCAAAUGUAGAGAAGCAAUGAGUUUAAGCAAAAAGAAAAAGAUCGAAGUAGUAAAAGAAGAACAAAUUUCAGCUUCGUUUUUAUAAUGACAACACUGUACGUAGAAACAUUAUCUCUGCUUUUAAUUACAGAAAUUCGGUUUUAUAUCGAAACUGAAUAACUGCCGUGUCGUUGCUUAAGAUAUUACUUAAAGUUAUUUCUAUUUAAAAAAAAUAUAACAUUAAUAUCGAUUCCUGGAGAAUGUUUCCAGUAUUAUUUUCAGUAAAAUAUGGAUUUUGAAUGUUAAGUAGCAUAACAACAUUUUCAGUAUUAUGUUUAUAUAGAACCACGUAUAUACAAUUAUGUAAAUGAACAAUUUUUCAUCGCUUCGACGGUCUUGCUAGUGUUUAUUAUUUUAAUUUCGAAACGUAACUAUUUUUUAUCAACUAGUUCAGUUUUUAAACGAUUCAUGAUAAGUAUCCAAUUCGUAUUAAAAAAAUUAAAAAAAAAAAAAAAACAAAACAAAACAAAAGAUGACUAUUUCGUAGAAUUGCAUAGAAGAAAAACCAGAAAUAAACUUGUUAAUCAUUCUUUCUAGUUGCUCAUCGAUUACAAAAAAAAAUCAAUCCAGAUACAUACAAGUAAAUAAUUUGAAGUUGUUAGUUUAUUUUUACACACACAGGAUACAUAUACACACACAACAGAAAACAAUGUAUUAUGUAAAUUAAUUUACAUUGUAUAGAGAAAAACACAAUACUAGUAAUAAAUAUUUAAAGAUCACGUAGAAUGCUGCACGGUGCUGCAUCAUGUAACUAUGAAACGCUACCAAUUUGUUCAGCGCGAUUUUUAUGAAUAAUUAGCGACUUGUUUUUGUUAUCACGCAAUAUAAGUGAAUUCCUCCUAAGUGAAAAUGUUCAAUGUAAUUAUUAUUACACAUUAUUUUAUAUUAGAGGCAGUUGUUCAAAAAGUCCAAGGAUUAAUCAUUUUAAAAACGAAAUAUUGAUUAGCAUCGCAUUAGUGGUAUCUUAUUCGAUACAUUUAAUUUAUUUUAUAAUUUCAUACGCGUCGAAAUGUCGUUAAAAUAAUGAAGAAAGCUACUAAAAAAGAAUGCAACGUUAAUUGUGCACGUAAAAAGCAGAUGAAUUGCAUCAAACGUACAGUCAACCAUAAUUAGUAUAAAUUAAUUUGUAAACAAAGUAAUAGAAAUUGCGAGGGGAAAAUAUAUCUCGAGUAAAAGUCGCAAAGAAUUUUGUAAGUCGGAGCACAAUUUUUCGAGACAAAAACGUUUAAGUUAUUGUUACGUUAAACAAUUUUUCUUUAAUUGUAUUCAUGCAUUUAUCGUGAAUUUUUUAAUUACUAUAUUUUAGAUGAAUUAGUUAAUUGAAUCGUUGCUAUUGUCAGUCUCUCGCUAGAGACUCAACAGUUAGCGCAGAUGAUUAAUUAAUCGUCGUUUAUUUAUCGAUCAUUUGACUGAAAGGAAAUGUUUUCAACGAUCGAAUCAAUUUUUUAGUCGGUAAUUUAUCUUUUGUAAAUAACUUACUAAUGAAUUGAUAAUGGUCUAAUUUCUAGAUCAUUUCUAGUGCAAUGACUAAAAAUUACUUAAUCAAAGAACACUUUACCAAUGACCUUGAAUUUAUAUAAUAAAAAAUGUAUACGCAGCUAUCACGUUAACUUAAAACGGAAUCAAAUAUCUUUAGUUUCGAACGGUAUGAUAUUUAUAGGUCAAUAACUGAUGAAUUAUUUUUGUAAAUAAUAACUUGAGGGUAUUCCUUUUGUUCCGCUUUCUUUUUUUUUUAAUCGGUUGGAAUUUAAAGAAAUUGAUUGUAACGUCGUAGUGAAUUUUGUGGUGAAAUGUUAUUUUAUUCGUGAAUGGACCUCUGUCUUGUAUCAUAGGAAGGAUUGUUUAACAGGCGCAGCCUUGUACAUAGACAGGUACUGAUUAAUAAAUUAAAUUGAGAAACU